AUGCAACACGUCAUCUACGUGACAACUCUUGGUAUCCUGGCUACCGCUAUGGUCUUUGCCGUCCAUGCACUGAAAGUCAUCAUGCAGUGGGUCAAAUGUGGUCGUAGUGCAAUGACUUUUGAGAAGGGAAAUAAGUUGGGUCAUCACUGUGCCAGUGUCUGGCUGCCUCAGUGCAGAAUACGUAGAUGUGAUUUGGUGAAGAGGUAUGACGGAGCACCGCCGACCAUGGGUCUUGACUCAGGCACUGAGAUGCAAAUCUGCGCACUUCUCCCUAGUCUUCUGCACGACUACCUUCAGCAUCGGGAUUGGGAGGUCGGAUUUGAGAAGUGCGCAGUAGUGCACAAAACCAGUGUGUAUGUGGUGGGACAUUGUUUCGCGGGUUGCUUUGCCCUUGCAAUGAUUGUUAAAAUUAUUCGGUUUGGCGAGUUUAUUGCAGUCAACCACUUCCAGCUCUCACAUCCACUCCAUCAAGCACUACCCACCAAGGAGGCAGAGAGAAAAUGCGUGGAUAAUGUGGACGAUGUGGUGAUGCUUACAGGAGGCAGACGCAUUCGCUCAGUAAUAGAGGAGUGGGACGUGGACAGGACAGUGGUGACGACAUCACGAUAUGACUGA